CUGUGUGCAUUGCCAGUUUUGCAGUGAAGCGGUUUUUCGGAGAACUGCGGUGCGUGCGGAGCAAGUGCGGUGUAAAUAUUGCAACUUAAGAUUUGACUGCUGUUUAAUCUCCUAGGGGCCGUCAUUAAUGUCAGCGGCAAUGCUUCGCAAGGUUCUUCCCAGGCCCCUGACGUGGUGCAAUAGAUGGCAGGCCGUACGAAACCUUUAUGUUCAGCUGCCAGAAACGCACGAAAUGCUGCGCAAGACCUGCAGGGAGUUCGCAGAAAAGGAACUGAAACCUAUCGCUGGAACCAUUGACAAAGAACAUCGGUACCCGCGUGAGCAGGUGAAAAAGUUGGGCGAAAUGGGCCUCAUGGCUGUAGCUGUUCCAACUGAGCUGGGUGGUGCUGGCUUGGACUACCUGGCCUAUGCUAUCGGAAUGGAAGAAAUCAGCCGCGGUUGUGCAUCCACGGGGGUCGUCAUGAGUGUUAACAAUUCUCUGUACCUGGGUGCCAUCCUCAAGUACGGCACUGAAGCUCAGAAGCAGAAGUUCAUUCCACCGUUCACCACAGGAGAGAAGGUCGGCUGCUUUGCUCUUUCAGAACCUGGCAAUGGCAGUGAUGCUGGUGCAGCUUCCACGACAGCAGUUCUGGAAGGUGACCACUAUAGGCUGAACGGCACCAAGGCUUGGAUAACAAGUGCAUACGAAGGUGAAGCAGCCAUUGUGAUGGCCACGGUGGACAAGUCCAAGAAGCACAAGGGCAUCAAUGCCUUUAUUGUACCGAUGCCAUCACCCGGUCUGAGCCUGGGCAAGAAAGAGGACAAGAUGGGAAUUAAGGGCUCGUCAACGGCCCAGCUCAUCUUCGAAGACUGCCUCGUACCCAAGGAGAACCGGUUGGGUGAAGAUGGGGCAGGCUUCAAGAUUGCCAUGAGUGUGCUCGACUCCGGUCGCAUCGGCAUCGCGGGUCAGGCUCUUGGGAUUGGCCAAGCAGCCUUAGACUGUGCUAUGGAGUACUCUGGCAAGCGGGAGUGCUUCAAUCAACCCCUUCACAAAUUCCAGGCUAUUCAGCUGAAACUCGCGGACAUGGAAGUGAGGUUAGAAAGUGCCCGUCUACUAACGUGGAGGGCAGCCAUGUUGAAAGAUGCUGGCCAAAAGUUUACAAAGGAAGCUGCCAUGGCAAAACUAGCUGCUUCAGAGGCAGCGACCUUUGUAGCACAUCAGGGACUGCAAAUACUGGGUGGCAUGGGCUACGUAACUGACAUGCCAGCAGAGCGACAUUACCGUGACGCCCGCAUCACCGAGAUCUACGAGGGCACCAGCGAAGUGCAGCGCAUUGUGAUAGCUUCUAAUUUGCUCAAAGAGCACGGCAUUGUGUGAUUGGAAUUACGCUAUAUAUCUGUCCACUCGCAGGUGGGUGAUAGCGGUGAUACUGCAUACACGGCCGGCGCUGGAAAUUAAUUUUUUUGAUGACAAAAGAUGUGAUUCCAAAGGCCACGUCUUCACUACAAAGCAGCAGCUGUGCCUGCUAGGGGGGCACGGCUUUGCAUCAGCCAACAGGUCACAGCGAGCCUCCAAGCACUGCUGUUGUCACGUAACAAUGAUUACAUGUACAAAAUAUGCCGUGGACUGAAGAGUGAGAUAUAACUUAGUCUUGGUGAGAGACUCUGCGACGGAAAUGAGCUCGAGUCUUUUUGGGUGUGGGCACAAAGUCUUUAUCUUUAAUAAAAUGGUUAUAAAGCAGA